AUGCAGAGGUCCAUGCAGGGCGCCGCUCGCGCCCUCAUGUCCGGUGUGCAGCGAGCCGCCGCUGACGGCAGUCGCAGUAUGGGCACGCAGCCGCUGAACAAGCGCUUCCGCGAGGUUACCUACUCCCUGUCCCCCAACCAGGUCGACGUGCUCCCGGGCCUGUUCCGCGGGAAGGCGGCCUUCUGGAAGCAGUUCGUGAAGGAGGAGUGGCUCAACGUCGCGGUGUUCAGCACGAUCCUGUUUGGGCCCAUCUUGUACGCCGACUGGUACAAUGAGCGGGAGAAGAUGCACCACCGCUUCUGA